CCCCCCCCUCCUCCUUUUCUUUCAGCUUCCCCCCCCCCAAAGAUGGCAUCUCGCCUUCGCCAGGCCUUUGCCAGCGCUGGGAAGCCCGAUGGCCAAUCGGACGAGCCAGCCGGCGGCAGGACCACACCGACCCUAUCCAACAAUGGCGCCGACGAUAGCACAGAGACCGCAGACGAGACUUUCAACACUGCCAAUUCAAACAACACCACCGUAGGCGCCGCCGUCGAGGGGCUCAGUCUCGACAUCCCUGGCGUGAGCGGCAAGGGUCCUGAUGGCGUACCCAAGAAGAAGAAGAGCUUCGGUGAGUGCUGCUGCGAGCUGAUAGCGCAGCCUUUCCGCACCACAGUAGCUUCGGCUGACCCACCAGGCGCCAUUGUGCCGUCUGUUCUUCCUCGCUCCGCUUCUUUCUCCUCUUGUCAGCCAACAACAGGAACUUCACACCUACUGUAAGUACCUUUGACAUCACCCAAUCUAGUUUCACAUGCUC